GUGAAACUUCGUGAAAAGUUAUUAUCGUAAAAAAAAAAGUAUGACAAAAUCGCGCACACGUCGUCAGUCUCGUCGACAAUCUGAGUUUUUCGACCCGGCGGAAGACGGUUCUUCCCCGCCGCCGACUACAACGGGAAAUAUGUCUGUCAACGACAUGGCCGCCAUGAUGUCCACGUGGCAACGCAACCAAGAGGAAACGUUUGAGAGACUACUGCACACAGUUCUCAACCACUCGCAGCGGCCAUCGUCCCCGCCCGCUCAACCUGCACAUGGAAACUUCGCUUCGUGCAAGGCUCGCUAUAGCGGAGCGCCAGACGAAUCUCUCGACGGCUUUAUAGACGCCGUAGAAGCCUACAAAGAAUGUGCAAAUGUUAACGAAACUAAUGCACUACGUGGGUUGUCAAUGUUGUUAACUCAUGAAGCCGCGACAUGGUGGCAAGGGAUUAAAACCACCACGAACAAGUGGGACCACGCCCUCACAUCCCUCAGAGGUGCGUUUGGUGAUAGCCGACCUCCGCAUCGUAUUUACAAGGAGCUAUUCGCCAACCCACAACAAGCAAGUGAGAAAACGGAACUCUUUAUCGCAAAAACACGAGCGUUAUUAUCACGUCUACCAAAGGACGAUCUGACAACCAAAGUACAGAUGGACAUGGUGUACGGACUACUACAUAGUAAAAUACGCGAGCGUUUGAGAAGAGAGGAGAUUCAUACAUUCGACGCGCUACUCAGAAAGUCUAGAGAGAUAGAAGAAUCUUGCGACGAGAGUCUAUCAACCAGUGGCCUUCAGAACAAACUGCGACAACGCCAGUUCCCGCCAACUUCUCGUCACGCCGCAAGCAUCGCCGCCGCCCAGGGGUCAACGACCGCGCCACCACUAGCGCCGCAGAGCGCGCCCAAGCCGCCUGCGCCCGCCGCUGAGUCCAGCGCCCACGGCACCUACCGCCGUUCUCCUCGCUGCUCCGUGAUGCCGCCCACACCGUCGUCUCUACAACCCCACGGCUCUUCUACUCCGUUCGCGAACGCCAAACGUCGAUAUUGCUUCUAUUGCAAGAGCUAUGGACAUACACGUGAUGAGUGUCGUAGAUUAGCAGCUAAAGGCAAACAGGACAUUGAUAAUGCCGCCGACCCUAUCCCGUCAUGUUACGGAUGCAACGAGAGAGGUGUCACUCGAUCACAGUGUGCUAAAUGCAAUUCGGACUUCUCUGCGUGUGAAUACGACCGUCCGAAAGGCGCGCUGAUGGGAACUUACAGUACAAGGUAUUCCACCACUGUUAUCAAAUCAUCUUGUGAUAAGGAUGAGUCCCAGGUGAGUUCCACUUCAUCUUAUAACAGUGUGUCACAUAAAGGUUUCCCCUCAAGCAUGUUACCACCCCCCAAGUCCAACUUUGAUUCAGUGAACCAUAAACCGUCAUUGGUAAAUAAUAUUGCAUGGGAAUGCUCUGAAAAUUUUUUGCCUACUCAAUUUAAAUCAGCUUUACCUGAAUUGUUUCAUACUAAAAAUAAUCACACAGAGUUUUUACCUAAACAAUUUACAUCUGUGUUACCUGAGUUAUUUUAUGCUAACAUUGAUCACAUAGAGUUUUUGCCUAUUGAUUUUACUGCAUUCUUGCCAUAUCAAUACUUUCUUUGUGAUAAUGGGUGUGUCGUUAAUUUAAGUCGUGAUACUAAUAUGUUUGAGUGCAUGCCACAUGAUGCGCCUCCUCCGACUUCUAAGCUAACUAACAUGCUUGGUGAUUGUUCUAUAAGUAAGUGCAAUUUGACCACAACCAAAUCAAUCUCAUUUUCGAUACCUACUGAUAAGAAUAGGGUGACUAUGAUUUUUUCCGGACAUCCGCGGAAUUCGAACAUAGAAGUUAGGGUGACCAUGAAAAAUGUUUUCUAUGAACAAUCCGGAAAUAUAAAUAAUUUGAAAAAUAAUUUUACUACGCCUACUAGGUUGACCAUGCAGGACGAUUUUAAUAAUAAUCAAAAAUUAUUUCCUAAAGUUGAGUCACAAUUUUUAUUAAAUAGAGCGACCACGUGUUCGAACAUUUCUCUGUCGACUCUUGAUUCAACUAAUUCAAACGCUCAUCCACAAGUGUCAGACACUUGUCAAUCCCAACGGAGACCAAUUCUUGGAGUGGAAAUUCUAGGUGUAAGGGGUACCGCACUAUUGGAUACAGGUGCUAAAGGGUGUAUUGCGGGUGCUUCCUUAUAUCAGGUGUUGCUUAGGCAUAAUCAUGCCUGCCAAGAAACCACUAAACGCGUUCGUCUCGCUGAUGGCUCCGUGCAGAUUCGUGAGUUAUUGGUUACUAACCUGCAUGUUAAACUAAAAAGUAAACUAUUGUGUUUGGAGUUCAUUAUUUUCCCAGACACCGAAUCCAAUGAUACUAUUCUUGGUAUGGAUUUUAUUGCUUCAGCGGGUAUGGUGCUUGAUUUCGCUGCUUCAAUUUGGUAUUUCUCUGGUGAUGAGGUUACUUACCCAUUGGAAUAUGAACUUUCCAGACCAUGCGUGUCCGUAUCCUCUGCAGAUUUCCUACGUGAGGAGGAAGGAGUUAUGCUGCAUCCCGAAGAGAGACUGCUGUUGUCCGACUUCCUGAGACAGAACGAAGACCUGUUCGAACCAGGGGGAGGACCAACUCCGUACGCAGAACAUCACAUCGACACCGGCGACAACGCUCCUAUAGCCGUUCCACCAUAUAGGCUCACUCCAGCAAAAAAAGAAAUAAUGAAGGCAGAGUUGGAGAAAAUGUUAGCAGACGACGUGAUUGAAGAGUGUGAGUCUGCGUGGUCUGCGCCUGCUCUUCUUGUCCCGAAGAAGGACGGAUCUUUUAGAUUUUGCGUCGACUACCGUCGCCUCAAUGCGAUCAUCAAGACCGAUAGUUAUCCAAUUCCCUUAAUCGAUUAUUUGGAUGACAUCCUGGUGAUCACACAGGGAAGUUUUCAGGACCAUCUUCAGGAUCUUGACAAGGUUUUUGACAGACUGCGUCACUUUGGGCUCCACGCGAACCGCGCCAAAUGUCACUUCGCUCGCCAGGAAGUUACAUACCUAGGCCAUGUGAUCACACCCAAAGGAAUCAAGCCGGAUAGCACCAAAGUCGACGCCGUCCUGAAAAUGAAGGAACCACACAAUCUCAAACAUUUGAAAUCAUUUUUACAGACCUGUUCCUGGUUUAGGAAAUUUAUUCCUGAUUUCUCGCGUAUUGCCGAACCACUGUCAAAACUUACACGCAAAAACGAAGCGUGGACCUGGGGUGAAGCACAGCAACGCGCCUUUGACGUGCUAAAGAGUAAGCUUACUAGCGCUCCUAUUUUGAUACAGGCCGACUACACCCAGCCCUUCUUGUUGCGCACUGAUGCCAGCAAUUAUGCUCUAGGGGCUGCACUUUUACAAGGUGACAAUAACAAUGAAAAACCAAUCGAAUACGCCAGCAGACUUCUGACUUCAGCCGAGAGGAAUUACUCUACCACCGAGCGGGAAGCCCUCGCAGUCGUAUGGGCAGUAGAAAAGUUUAGGGGUUACAUUGAUGGCCAUCUAUGCAUAGUCAAAAGUGACCACCAGCCACUUAAGUGGUUGCUUACACUCAAGUCCCCAAGUGGUCGUCUCAUCAGAUGGGCUCUGAAACUCCAGGCGUUUGAUCUCAAGAUAGAGUACUCUCCAGGUAAAAUUAAUACCUUAGCUGAUACUUUAAGUCGACCUACCUGUAAUGGUAUCAACGAAUGCGAAGUGUGUUCCGUAAUCGUCGACUUACCUCAAGCACUGCCGAGUCAGCUCCGAGCCGAGCAGCUUGAAGAUCCAGAAGUGGCUAAAAUUAUUCAAGAUUUAGAAAGCACAGACGAACUUACCUCUACUCGGUGGCUGGAACGUGGAUACGUACUGCAGCAGGGCGUGUUAUAUCGUUAUGAUCCAGAUAACGACUCCGAAGAAGCGCAGAUGGUAGUACCAAUUUCAAAAAGGGAAGAAAUUUUAAAGUCGUUUCACGAUUCCUCAACUGCAGGCCAUCAGGGUAUUGAGCGGACUCUGCAACGCAUCCGUGAGCACUUCUUUUUCACCGGGAUGCGUCGUUACGUCACAGAGUAUCUAAAAAACUGUGUGGAUUGUCUCAAGUAUAAAGCCGCAAAUCAGAAACCAGCUGGUCUCCUCCAGACACCCGUGCUCCAACAAAGAUCUGAAGUUCUUGCAGUGGAUCUUUGUUGGAGCACGGGUGUCUGGAGGAGACCAGCUGGUUUCUGA